UGUAGCCACACGUUACAUUACCACGCGCUGUAUUUGCACACGGCGCUUUAUCAUUUAUUAUAUUACCUCACAUUGUAUUGCUACACUAUAAAUUACAAGCUGUGUUGUCUCGUGGCGCCUUGCCAUUCGUUAUGUUGCCACGCACUGUAUUCUCACGCGUUAUAUUGCCACGUGACACAUUAUCAUUUGUCAUUGUCACGCAUUAUAUUACCACGCGUUGCGGUAUAGAAUACGCUUUAUAUCGCCAUCUUGUUCCAUAUCAUCUGCUAUAUUGCUGAUAUGCAUACCUUCUUUUAUAUUGUCAACUGAUAUGUGUUACAUAUCACACCUUAUGUCACCACUUGAUAUGUGAUACACAUCUCACCUUAUAUUACCGCUUGAUAUGUGUUACAUACCACCCGUUGUGUUGUUUUAUAUCCUAAUGCAAUUACCAUGAACGAUAUGUUCCGUUUAUCGACCAAAUAAUGCGAAACGCAUUGCGAUAAUUUCAGUACGAUUCUUGUAUUAUCUUCGAAAGUCGGCCGUUCGUUUCUUCCAUGCGUACAUACACAAAGUGCAUGUCCGUAUCCAUCUACUUAAAACCUCGUAUACUUAGAUGCAUUUACAUACAUAUACGCGCGUGUGCAUCUCAACUGGUGCAGUCACGCGAGCACACUCACGUGUUCACAGUUGCAUCUUAUGGUCGGGUUAUACGUCAUAUUACGGGUAGAUAAGUGAUAGAGUGGCACAUGUGGCGUGCCAGCCCUCUAUGCUUACAUUAUACAUACUAUGCCCGCUCUCGACCACGCUUUUUUGCCCGGGCACCUGUCAACUCCGUUCGUACCAUAGUCACCGCAUGUGUACGACUGCCAUUAAAAUAAAUAUACUGGAAAAAGGAUUUCGAUCGUACACCCCAUACGGAUGCAAUAACAGACAGAGAAUGAAGGAGAAAGGGCAGCGAAAAAAAGUGGUAUCUUAAGGAACGUUUAAUCGACCGACAGGAGAGGAUUAGCCUGCGAGGACGGUGUCGCGAUGCACCUCGAGGAUUACCAUGUGAACAGAAACGAGGAGGACGUGCAACGAGCCUGUUCCAAGGUCAUCAAACAAGAGGAUUUCAACAGUUUGCAUUUGGCGCCGAUAAAUGGUGUCGGUCAGCAACCUUGUUGGGUCACAUCUCAUCCGGAUAAUGUCACCUCUCCCUUUUUGGCGAAUAACUCCAGUCCUGAUUGGGAGCAACUCACCACCGUGUUCCAGCUGGAGUUCCAGUACCCAUGUCAACAGUAUCCGCCAACAGACAGGUCUCCAGGAAGCACCGGAAGCGAAGCAACCACUCCAACAUGGGUCAUUCACAACCAAGACACUGACAAUUCUCAAAGGUUACCUCCAGUCGGUUCAGCAUUUUCCUUCUCGAGGACCUUCAGCAAUCCUGUUUACACGGAAUACCAAGGCUACCAGGAGUACCAGGAUGACGCGUCCGUGUCAUUACCGUUAGUUCUGCACAACCAAUCGGAGGACCAAGGAUUCACAGGCACCAUGCAAGCAGCAACGGACGAAUUUGAUCUCAGUUUGAUCAGAGGCGAUCCCACAUCGUUGUUGUGCAACGAUUCACCUUCUUCGCCGUCCUCCAGCUACCUUGAAGAGCUACAGGAUCCCUUUGCGAAUUUAAAUGGACCCUACGCGGUUGGACAUCUGGUUUCUGGGCAACAAUCCGCAGUUUCGGGAAUGAAUUAUGCUAAUGACGUUUUGAACGAGGGAUUUGGGAAUCAGAUUGUUCUACCGAGGAACGAGGGACUUCUGCUGACCGAUAGGCGCGUGCCCCUCGGAAAAGCUGAGGACGUGAAAGGGAAAGUUUAUGACUGUUCAACGACGGACGACAAUUUAACGUCUACGUAUCAGUGCCGAUGGAUAGAUUGCGGCUGCGCCUUCGCCGAGCAAGAGGGUUUAGUGCGGCACAUCGAGAGACGACACGUGGAGUCCUCGUCGUCGAACGCGCACGGACACGGCAGACGGAUCCAGAGGGACAGAGACAAGGAUAAGGACAAGGACACCGACGGAUUCCCGAAUCCUGUAAGCGGUCAGGACGAGUUCGCGUGCCUUUGGCAAGGAUGUCCGCGUGCCAGACCGUUCAAUGCCAGAUACAAGCUGUUGAUCCACAUGAGGGUGCACAGUGGCGAAAAACCGAACAAGUGCCCGUUUACGGGAUGCAAGAAAGCAUUCUCCCGAUUGGAAAACCUGAAAAUCCAUCAGAGAUCGCAUACGGGAGAACGACCCUACGCCUGUCAGCAUCGCGGUUGUACGAAAGCGUUUAGCAACAGCAGCGAUCGUGCGAAACAUCAGAGGACACAUUACGAUACGAAACCAUACGCAUGCCAAGUAAGCGGUUGCGGCAAACGAUACACGGAUCCGUCGAGCCUACGAAAGCACGUGAAAAAUCACACAGAGCCAACGACGACUCUAUCUAAUCUCUCGUUAACGUCCGAGAGCAAAGUAACCGUCGUAUCCAAUAAUUCGAGACAAGAUCCGAUUUCCACGGCGACGAAACAUCAGCAAGCUCAAACGCCGCUGCCAUAUCACGGGGAAUCGAAUUACCGGACGUAUAAGACUUCGGAGUCUUACGCGGACGAGGACGCGGACCUGUUCCAAACGAAUCUGUGUCAGGUCGAUAGGAUUUCCAUGAACCUUGACAGUACUCAGGAGUAUGUGCCUAUCGAGUCUGUCAAGCGUUUUCUCAUCGAUGAUGUCAGCACGCACGUGGACGGCACAGUAUACCAUGUUGAAGACGAGGUUCCCGAUUUCAACGAGCUGGGUUCCGACAUCGAGCAACAGUUUCUCGAAUUGAGCAACCUGAACGACACCGUGUUCAUCGACGGUUAAGAUGAAUUUCAAGAAGAAAGUCAAAAACCCUAAACUCUAAAGGAUCUCGUGGCUACACGCUGCUAUAUCAUAGGCCCCUGUACAACACAAUGUUUAUUCAAAUGUUAUAGAUACACGUUUUCAAAAAAUGUAUUUUUAUCGCUACUCUUAUAAGAUGAACCAUAUUCAUCGUGUUAUACAGAGGUUUAUACUACUGCCAAAGACUUAUUCCCAUCGUUUUAUACUUGAUUUUUAUACACAGAUGGAAUCAGAUAUAUUUUUGUACAUAGCCGCUUGUAUAUAUUAACGAUUAAAUACAACGAUUUUGAUUAUCA